AUGUUGGCUUUGAUCAAUCGUAUCCUUGAUUGGAUUAAAAGCUUGUUCUGGAAGGAGGAGAUGGAGCUGACAUUGGUCGGCCUACAGUAUUCAGGGAAAACAACUUUUGUUAACGUCAUUGCCUCUGGACAAUUUAGUGAAGAUAUGAUCCCAACUGUUGGUUUCAAUAUGCGUAAAAUUACCAAAGGCAAUGUAACUAUCAAAGUCUGGGAUAUUGGUGGUCAGCCUCGAUUCCGCUCCAUGUGGGAGAGGUAUUGUAGGGGUGUGAAUGCCAUUGUGUACAUGGUGGACGCGGCUGACCCCGACAAGAUAGAGGCGUCCCGCAACGAGCUCCACAACCUGCUCGAGAAGCAGCAGCUGACCGGCAUCCCCGUGCUCGUGCUCGGCAACAAGCGCGACCUGCCGCACGCGCUCGACGAGCACGGACUCAUCGAGCGCAUGAACCUAUCAGCAAUCCAGGACCGAGAAAUAUGCUGUUAUUCAAUCUCCUGCAAAGAAAAAGACAACAUCGAUAUUACACUACAAUGGCUCAUCUCCCACAGUAAGUCCGGCAGUGCGCGU